AUGGACGCAUAUGUGAAUGCUUUUCGAACAACAGUACCAACAUGGUUUGAUGGAGGUAUACCUAGUAGCUCUUUUGGCUUAGAAGCUGCAAAAGAGUUUGCUAUGCCAGCAUUCGAUAUUCCUGGUUGUCACAACCCAAUGGAAUUUCUUAGAUCGAUUACGGACGAAACAUCCAAAGAUUACCGAAUUAAAAUUCAACACGGUACCACUACCUUAGCAUUCAAAUUUAAGGGCGGUGUUAUGGUCGCAGUAGAUUCUCGAGCAACAGCCGGAGGCUACAUUGCUUCACAAACCGUAAAAAAGAUUAUUGAAAUCAAUCCGUAUCUUUUGGGAACAAUGGCUGGCGGCGCGGCUGAUUGUUCGUAUUGGGAAAGAGAACUAGGAAGACGAUGCAGACUGUACCAACUAAAGAAUAAAGAAUUAAUUUCAGUGGCAGCCGCAUCAAAACUUUUAGCAAACAUGGUUUAUCCUUACAAGAGAAUGGGGAUUAGUAUGGGUACCAUGGUAACUGGAUGGGAUAAAACGGGACCAAAUCUUUUUUAUGUUGACGCGGAUGGAACGCGUAUAAAAGGCGAAAUAUUUUCGGUCGGUUCCGGGUCUACAUUUGCUUAUGGUGUUUUAGACUCAACACACGACUAUGAAUUGGAAGAAAAUGACGCAAUUGACUUGGCGAGACGCUCGAUUUAUCAUGCAACUUAUCGUGAUGCGGGUUCGGGUGGUUCUGUGAGUGUAUAUCAUGUCAAAGAAAAUGGCUGGCAAUUUAUUAGUACCCAUGAUGUGUAUGAUUUGCAUUACGAGUACCAAGAUCAACCAAAACCCAGACUUAUCUAA